CCUACACUAACUGUCAGGCUGUUAAUCAUCUUCUGAGAUUCAGUUUAAGGUCCUUUGUUUUGUUCUUCAGAAAAGGCUAUAGUAGGCAGAAACUCUUGUUAGAAGAAGAAAUCUCUGGUAAUCCAGACAGCACACAUAAUCUUCCCUGUGCUGUCCAUUUGUCCAUUCUGUGUUGCCAUAUAUUCACUGUAUCCAUUGUGAUAUUCCUUAAGCACAAUUAUAACAUGCAGAUUUUCAAGUGGCUCCUCAAGAUAGUAGAAGAACCACAAAGAGAAAGAGUUUCCACCACUCCGACUAACAAAAAGAAAAAUUGUGUUGCUCAAUCCGAAGUUGUUCCAAGUAAUUAUUUUAGGAGCAACCAGAGCCAGAAGACUGUAAGUUUCAAGAUAAUCAGUUCAUGCAAGAACUUUGACAGUUACAGAGAAACUAGCUUUUAUAGCACUCUCAAUCUACAGAGGAUCUACACCAUGAAGAUAAAGAGAGAAAAUAUAGCUAGAGGACUAGGCAUUAGUUUCAACAAAGGGGUAGAUUCCACGGGGUCUCAUGUCCGAAAUACUAAGGUUUUGCCUAUCUCUGAUUCUGCAAUUGCAUUAUCAUCCGCUCAAUAUUGUACAAAUUACGAAAAAGGUGCUCAGAAAGCUAAGCCUGACAAAACAAAGGCACCGUCUAAAGUGAAGGAGAUUCUGAGAUGGGUUGCUGCUGCAAAGACUGAAAUGAGAGGGAAAUGUACAAGUUGCAAGGUUCUGCAUUUCAGAAACAAGGCAACACUGAAAGCAAUUCCAGAUGAUGAAUUAAACAACGAGUCUCCAAAAAUUAGUUUCAGGUGGGAUGCGGAGAUCAGUUCCAACGUAUCUUCCUCUGUUAACUCCGCUGUUUCAGUGUCUUCUUCGAUUAGGAUUCCUGACCAAAUUAGUAAACCAGGAAGCUGGAUCACAACAGAUUCUGAAUAUGUGGUGCUCGAGCUAUAAAGAAAGAUCUUGAAGGGGGUCUCAGUUUGUAGAAUGUGGCAAUUGUUUAUCUAGCCUGUGUACUAAAGCUGUUGGUGUUUUGUAAUUUUUAACUACUGUCCAUUAUGAAAAGCCAGCCAUGAAAGUCAUGUGCAUUUUUCUAUAAUUAAGAGAAGUUCAUGUGCCUUUAUGUUCUCAGCAGAUUAAUGAUUCAACUAUUA